CAAAAUGAGUUACUAGAUAAGGUAUGGGAAAGUGAGAAACAAUUUUGUAGGCUCUUCCUCUAAACUUUUAAGCACCAAAGAGAGUCUCGGAGCAGAGCAGAGGUCAAUGUUGCAUUUGCAUAAUCUGGUGAAUUCCAAUGGAACGGCACGUACGGCUUUUUCUGAACAGGAUCUCAUUCGGCUCCAUUGCCAUGGCCACCUUCACCCUCAUCCUCCUCUUCCUCCAAACCCCAGAAACCUGCAUCCCUCUGAAUUCCCCCUCAAAACCCCAUCUCAAAUUCCCCAAAUCCUCCUGCGAUUCCUCCCCCCGCGAGCUCGUCUCCAUCGCCAAGAAGAACAAGCGCCUCUGGUCCACCAAUGACUGGCACAAGAAGCUCUCCUCCUUCGCCCAACUCUUCCGCCCGAUUUGCGAUCUAGGUCUUCUCCACAACCACACCAAAGUCAUCUGCGUAUCCGCCGGAGCCGGCCACGAGGUCAUGGCGCUCUCGCAGAUGGGAGUUGUUGAUGUCACCGGCGUCGAAUUGGUGGAUUCGCCGCCCUUGGUCAGCCGCGCCGAUCCGCAUAAUCUGCCGUUUUUUGAUCAUGCGUUUGAUCUCGCGUUCAGUGCUCAUUUGGCGGAGGCGCUGUUUCCGUCUCGAUUCGUGGCGGAGAUGGAGAGAGCUGUGAGGCCUAAAGGCGUCUGUGUCGUCGUCGUUGAGGAAUGUGGAGAUGAAGAGGUUGGGGAGAUUGUGGGGUUGUUUACGAAAUCGCGAUUUCUAGAUUCAGUCAAUGUGACGUUAACUGGCUUGAAAAUGACUCGGAUUAUAAUGAAAAGAGUUUCUCGAUAGACGAUCAUUCGAUUUGUUCU